UACUCUCAAGUGGCCAAAGAGCAAGGCCUACGAUCGCGUGCGGCUUUCAAGCUAACCCAGAUUAACCGAAAGUACCCUGUUUUGGAAAAGGCUCAGAAUGCGGUUUUAGAUUUGUGUGCAGCACCUGGUGGUUGGACGCAGGUUGCGGCGCGUACCUGCAACAAGUCAGUCCCCAUCAUCGCCGUCGAUAUCUUGCCCAUUCGGAGUUUUGCGAAUGCGCAGAAUAUUACGACCUUGAUUGGUGACAUUACCACGGACAAGUGCAAGUCCGAUAUCAAACAUGCGCUUCAGGGAAGACCAGUGGAUGUUGUCUUGCACGAUGGAGCUCCCAAUAUUGGUGCCGAUUACGGAAAGGAUGCCUACGAACAGAACGAAAUUGCCCUGCACGCAUUGCGGUGUGCGACACAGCAUUUAGUCAAGGGUGGGACUUUUAUUACCAAAGUGUAUCGCUCGCGUGAUUACGCAUCGUUUCAAUGGUUACUGCAGCAGCUAUUUCAAGGUGUACAAGCCUUCAAGCCCAAAGCUAGUCGUGCCCAGUCGGCCGAAAUCUUUUUGGUCUGUGAAAAAUACAAGGCACCCAGCAAACUUGACCCACGUUUGUUAGAUCCUAAGCAUGUCUUUGAAGCC